AUGGACCAGACUUAUGACAACAGAAACGGUGGAUAUCCUCAGCCCCCUCCGUACAGCCCCAGGGACCAUGGACAGAGUUCGUAUACUGGGAUGAGCUAUGACGUGGAGAAAGGCAGCGUUGCAGUGGUCUCCCCUCCUGGCACCUAUGAUAACAUGGUCCAUCCUGUGGGCCCAGGAGCAGGUGGAGACAACCAGCAAUGUGAUCAAUCUCCACCCGUGUACUCUCCCGGCUUAGAGGAUAGUGCCUUCAGUGAUGCUGCCAUACGGAGAGGUUUUAUAAGGAAAGUCUACUUGACCUUGAUGAUUCAGCUGCUAGUGACUGUGGGGAUCAUCUGCGCUUUUCUUUACUGGGACACACUCAGGAAAUGGGCAUGGAACAACUACUGGUUCACCUACACCAUGAUGGUGGUGGUACUAGUCCUCAUUGUGGCCCUGUCAUGCUGUGACAGUCUCCGUCGUCGAGUCCCCCUCAAUUUUAUUGCCCUGGGCCUGUUUACUGUUGCAGAGGGCCUGAUGCUUGCAUCUGUGGCGGCGUAUUUUGAUGCUGAAGCAGUCAUGUGGGCUGUUGGGGCAACAGCAUUUGUGUCCCUGUCCCUGAGCCUGUUCGCCAUGCAGUCAAAGUGGGACUUCACCACAGCAAGUGGGUGCCUGUGGGUGCUUAUCUGGACCCUCUUUUCAUUUGCCCUCCUCUGUGCAAUCCUCCGAUCACAGUAUGUUUACAUCGUAUAUGCCUGCCUGGGAACCCUGCUGUUUUCUUUAUACUUGGUGUUUGACACUCAGAUGAUCCUGGGUGGAAAACACAGGAAGUAUCAAGUCUCUCCCGAGGAGUACAUCUUUGCUGCGCUCAACCUCUAUUUGGACGUCGUCACCCUGUUCCUCUUCUUGCUACAGCUCAUCGGCCUCUGCCGCUGA